AUGUCAAGCAGAAGGAAAGGUCAAGGUCGCCAAAAGACAGAGAUGAAAAAGAUGAGCAAUGAAAGUCAUCUGCAAGUGACUUUCUCAAAGCGUCGUAGCGGACUCUUCAAGAAAGCUAGUGAGCUUUGCACCCUCUGUGGUGUAGAUAUUGCUCUUGUUGUAUUUUCACCGAGCGAAAAAGUAUUUUCUUUUGGUCAUCCCAAUAUUUAUACGGUCAUAGAUCGAUAUCUUUCUCUGAGCCCACCCGAAAACAACGACACAUUGCAAUUUAUUGAGGCUCACCGCAGCGUCAACGUGCGCGAUCUUAAUGCUCAACUAACUGAAAUCAACAACACUUUGGAUGCUGAGAAGAAGCUCGGUGAUGAGCUAAGUCGUAUUCGCAAGGCGGUCGAAGCUCAGUUUUGGUGGGCUUGUCCAUUUGAUGGAAUGAAUAUGGCUCAACUUGAACUAUUAAAGAAAGCUUUGGAGCAACUUAAGAUUCUUGUUGUUGAACAUGCUGACAAGGUUUUAAUUCAGGGUGCUCCUAGCCAAACACUUCCAGCUUUUGUUGGCAAUGAUUCAUCUUCUAACAUUUAUCUCCAUCAUCAGCCAAAUCCUCAACAUCCUCAAAUGUUUCAACCAAAACAUUUUUAA